UAAUGUUUUUGUAAUAACUAAUAAUUCAUAAUCAUUGGCUUAAGUUGUACAAUUAAAUUGAAAAUAAUUGACGCUAGUAUAACGGAAAUUCUUGUGUUAAUACUAUACUCAUCUUGAGCUUUAUUUCGUUUGCUAGUGAAUGGUAUACACUAUUAAAAUACUACUAAAAUAAUUAUAAACGGCCGUAUAUAAACAAGCUCAUUGAAAUUGACGAAGAAAGAAAACGAAGAUACAACACGCCUUUUGAAGGUCAAAUAACGAUUGAUUCAAAGAUGGAACACAGUGCGCUCAUAAUUCUUGUCAUCAUAGCAACCAUAUACGUGACGUCAUGCUACGCCUUGUACAUCCCUAGCGACGAGGCACUGGAAGCUGACCCGAAAUACAGAGAGCUCGUGGAUAUGGAUAACGAGGACAGUGCCAAUUUACGAAAACUGCUUCUAAAGAAACUUCGAUUCCGAGAGAUCCUCAAAGAACAAAUGAAAUCCCCAGAAGAGUUAUUGGAGUCACAAGACCUGGAAAAGGCUGAACAUGCUGCCAGACACCAUGCGUCCAAGCGCCAAAAGAUGGAAGAUCUCAUGACGAGGGUACAAGCUUACCUCAACCAAUACAAGGAACGCCAGAUCAAGGAGUCUAUGUCGCUCCCGAGUCUGCGAUUCGGUCGGUCCGGCAUUCAGUUAGGCCAGUACCAGAAAUGACAAGGAACAUACCGGCUUUGCUGACGAGAAGGUCAUCUUGACAAUGUGCAAACUGCGAAUCAAAUACACGUUUUUCUACUGUCUUAUUUAUUUAUUCGUUUAUUUGUGAAGCAUAUAUUUAUUUUACAUUGUUAAUAAACGCCUUUGUUAUAUACAUAUAACUAAUGCUACAGGUUUCAUGUAAAAUGUCAACAAAAUAUCUUUAUUGCUGUUUUUGCUGUGCUGUGGAU